GGAUACGGGUGUAAACAGUGGCGUCUCCGCGGGCGCUGAGCCCGACCCGGCAGGAGCACGGAGUAACGGCUGCAGCCCGGAGUGUGCUGAGAACUGAGUGGGCAUGGCUCAAAGCCGGGAGCGCGAAGAUGCCUCCACGUACUUCGCAGGCGCCUCCCUGUCGGUGAGAUGGGUGCAAGGAUUCCCUAGUCAGAAUGUUCAUUUUGUCAAUGACCACACCAUCUGCUACCCUUCUGGGAACUUCGUAAUAUUCAUUAACCUUGACACCAAGAAGAAGACUGUACUCCAGUGCAUUAAUGGAAUUGUGGGCGUUGUGGCAACCAACGUUCCUGGUGAGGUUGUGGCUUUCUCUGACCGCAGACUGAAACCCGUCAUCUACAUAUACAGCUUUCCUGCACUGACCAGAAAGAGCAAAUUAAAAGGCAACAUCCUCCUGGACUACGCUUUACUUUGCUUCAGCUACUGUGGCACCUACCUGGCCAGCUACUCGUCUCUCCCGGAGUUUGAGCUGGCUCUCUGGAACUGGGAAUCCAAUGUCAUCUUAUGCAGGAAAUCACAGCCUGGAAUGGACGUGAGCCAAAUGUCCUUCAACCCCAUGAACUGGCACCAGAUGUGCUUAUCAAGUGCAAGUGCAGUGAGCUUGUGGACCAUUGAAAGAAGCAACCAGGACCAUCAUUUCAGGAUGAGGCUGGUAAAGCUACCUCUGGAAGAUGGGUCACUCGUAAACGAAACAGAUAUGCUUUUCCCCACCUCGCUGCGGAAAGAUCUCAUUUAUGGGCCUAUACUGCCACUGUCAGCCAUUGCCGGGCUGGUGGGUGAGGAGGCAGAGACGUUCAGGCCGAAAGAUGAUAUAUAUCCUUUGCUUCACCCAACUAUGCAUUGCUGGACUCCAUCAAGCGACCUGUAUGUUGGGUGUGAAGAGGGUCAUCUUCUGAUGAUUAAUGCAGAGACCUUGAAGGUGACUGUGCUCCAGAAGGCGGAAGAGAUAACACUUCUGGAUGAAGGCCAGCUUAUCAGUCCGUUCACACUGGUGUAUCAGAAGGAUGGCAUGCUCGCUUCUGGAAUUGAUGGCUUGAUAUACUCGUUCACCGUCAAAGAUUCAAAGUACCAAGUGAAGAAUUUUCUUGAGGUUGAUGGACCAGUGGCACAUUUGAUCUUUUCCCCUAGUUAUAAAAUGUUGCUGAUUCAAACGGACAAGGGGACUGUUUAUAUUUACACAUUUGGGGAGGAGCCAGCUCUAGAUAAAGUCCUAGAAGCCUGUGAUGGGAAAGUUCUGGCAAUGGACUUUGUCACACCUGGAACCAAACAUUUCAUGACACUCACAAAUUCAGGGGAAGUCAAUCUUUUGUGGAUAGAGGAUGGCACUUGCAUAAGCAAGAUUCUUCUGGGAACUCAAGCAACAGCUCUAGCAUGCUCCCCUUCCUCCUGGUCAGCUGUCGUGGGGACAAUGGAUGGCUAUCUAUACUUCCUGGACACCCAGAACGUGGAGUUCCCUCGGGUGAUUCACAGGACCUUCCUCUCCGAGUCACCAGUGAAGAUCUUGACUUACGACCAGCGAGGAAUUUUUCUGUUAGUUGGUACAGUGGACGGAAACAUCUUUGUCAUCGAUGCCAAACCCUCAAACUCAUUUCAGAUUUUUGGAUACACUGAGACGAGCAAAGACAUUCUGCAGAUAUCCACGGUGUCUCUCCCGGUGUCAGACGUGGUGGACGUGCUGGUGCUGUCCUUGCGUCGGGAAGUAGGAAGAAGCAGGCUGGAACUCUUCAGCCUGCCUAUCAUGUUAUCACAAGCUCCUCCUAUCUUUUCGGACGAAAGAGGAAGACUGAAGGAUGACUUCGUUCACAAGUUCCUGUAUGAGGUGGAGCACUUCCUGUCCUCGGCUGUGCUGGGCUUUGAAAGCGACAAGAUCUACGGCUUCUGCAGCCAGGUGCCAUACAUCUGUAGCUAUCUGCUUCCCGAAAAGGACCACACUGGCGUUUGUAUACUUAAGCCACACCAGAAAGUCCAAAGCAAACAGUAUGGCUCUGGAAUGAUCUGUAUGUCUUCACAUGGAUUAUGGCUCCUGACCGUAGCUAAAUGUGGAUUUGUCUUUAUCCGAGAUAUUUUCAGUCUGGAAGUAUUUGCUCGGUGUCGAAGUCAUUCUCAUCAGGGGCAUGGUAUUCAGUGCAUCAGAAUGUCAAUGGAUGGACAACACAUCCUGGUGAAUGGGAGAGAUGACGGCACCCUUGUCUACCUCAAAUGGAAGCGGCUUGGACCAAACUUAGCAAGUGAUAUCUUGGAAUACUACCAGCAACUAACAGCCACUUUGAACAACACAAUGGAAAGAGAGAAUGAAUAUUUAGCUGCAUCAGGAGGACUUUCCAAACAUGUGGAGCAAGAAGAGGAGGAGCCAGCUGAAUCCAGUAAAAAGUUGAGCUUGGAUUCAUCACAAGAGGAAUUAGGCAUCAAUCCUAAGAAGGAAAUUUCCUGGAUCCAACAAAAAAGGGAAGAGGCCAUCAAAAACGAGGUCAAAAUGUUUUCACAGAAGAGAAAAGAGAUCAAAAGAGGGAUCAAGGAGCUUUCUAGAACUAUUAUGAGUAUGAUGGAAGAAAAUGAAAAGGUGGAACCGAUCGCAAAAUUAGAGCAGCAGGAAUUCUGCCUGGACCUCGAGGAGCUAGAAAGACUUCACGAUGAAAGCGAGGAAGAGGUAGCAAAGAUAAGAAAAGAAGUGGAGAUGCAUAACUUAGCCAAGAGCUACUUAACUGAGCUCAUCAGGGAAGAGUGCUGGAAUUCCAUGGCUGUGAAGGGCCGAGCCCUAAAGUGCUUUCAUAUCCCCUAUGUGGUUGAGAACUUCCCCAUGAAGGAGCGCACAGAAGAAGAGCUGCAGCAGUUGAAGAGAGUUGUGCAGCAAAAGAAGACUGAGGCGGAGUGUCUUAAGCUACGGAAGGAAAUCGUAGAGGUCCAGUCAGCCACUUUGAUUAAAAAGCAUCAUGAAGAGGAUGAUGAAGAAGAAGAGGAUGAAGAAAAGACAGUAAAAGACACCAGUCUGCCCAAUUACCUACUUGGUAGUUUGAGCCCUGAUUUUGGGGCAGAUACCUCUUUGUUGACGAACCAAUUGGAACUUCAUUCCAGAGAGGAGAAAAUCAAUCAAAUUAUAUUACUAAAAGAUAUCAUUUACAAGGUAAAAAAGGCUUUCAAUAGUGAAUUCGAUGCUGCCUAUAAACAAAAAGAGUUUGAAAUUGCACGCGUAAGAGAAAAGAAUGUCAGAAUUGAAGAAAUUAUUUCAGACCUGGAACUGGAAGAAAAAGUCUGGCAACCAGUGUUUGAAGACUGUGAGCAGCCAGAAAGAGCUCUUGUUGUGGAAGAUGAUGAGAUUUCAUUUCAAAAACACAUUCCUCCAUGGCAAUCAGCCAAAACAGAGAUGACCAUGCCCUUUGGAAUGGAGCAAUUGCAACAAGCACGGGCCUCCGAUGCAAGGCAAAGAGGCCUCAUGGACAUGAUGGGAGGUGUUCUGGAAGUCAAGAAGGAGGAUAUCUUGAGAAUGGUGAUCCCUCAACCGGCUUUCAUGGCAAAAGCUGAUGCUCUGUGGAGUGAAGAAGAAAGGAAGCAAUUCAAAGACUAUGAGAAAAAAGUCAAGGAGCUAAAUGAAGAGAGAGAUAAGUACAGAAAGUCUUUAGAAGCAGAAAUGAAGAAACUUCAAAAUUCUAUCCAAGAAAGCACACAGAACUUUGAUGAACACUUGAAGAGACUCUUUGAAAGGAGAGUGAAGGCAGAGAUGGUUGUUAACCAGGAGGAAAUGAAAAUAAACAACCUCGUGUAUUCUUUGCUGCUGGAUGAAGAACUGAGCUCCAGGGAACAGUUCCUGAACAACUACCUUCUGAAGAAGCAGGAGGAGAAAAACAAGACUUCAGAAGCCAUCCAGAAAGCUAGAGAAGACCUGGAUGUGUUCAAGGAGCAACACGACAUUCUGGUGGCGGAAGACAAAGUUCUGGAGCGCAGCUUCAAAAGGGAAUUUUCUGACGUUUCUGGUCACCAGGUGGAUAUACUCUACAAACUUUUUAAACGCCGGCCAAGGGUUCACAAACAGAAAACACACGCGGAUGUCAACAGUCUUGUUCCUUAUGGAGAGCGACCAGGAUCUGGCAAGUUAAAUAAGGAAAACUUUACCCAGCUAAUGAAAUCCAUGGAUGAGUUGGACAGUAUCAAUAACAUGCCAGAAGGCUUGGACCCCACAGUCUGGGAACAUUUCUGCAUAACCAGACGAGCAAAAGUGGAAAAUGAAUACAAAGUGAAACAGAAGGCCGCUGGCCUCCAGGAAAUGACGACCUUUCUCCGGAAAAGACUGGAGGACGAUGAGGCCGUGCAGCGUGAGAUCGAAAGAGUGUUCCAGGAGCUCCUCCGAUUACAGGAUGAGAAAGUGAAAUUCCAGGUGAAUUUAACCAUACAAAUUCUUCUUAAACAAGGACAAGUAGAACUGGAGAAUUUCCAGUUGAUUCUGGAAUAUUCUGAUGCAAUUCUCAUCAAUAAGAACAUAAUUGAAGACUUGAAUUCUGUGAUUCGGACUCAAGGACAAAAGAAAGUUGCCAGCAUGAUGGAAAGUAAAGAAGUCCACAAAGGAAUCUAUCAGAUUGAAUGGGAACACAAGAAAAUGGAGAUGGAGAUGGAGGAUCUAAACCAGAAGGCCUGGGAUAUACAGAUGCUGUUCUUCUCACGAGAUCGUCAAAAGUACCUAAAUGAACCAAACUACGAGAACGUGAUUGCUAUUCAGAUUGGAAUAAUGGAGCAAACAAUUAAUGUUAUAGAUAAGACUCACAAGAAGAAUGUACAAAACUGCAAAAAAUUACUCAAAAAAUUGGGACGAUACAGUAAUCAGAAAGAUAUAGCAAAUUACACGCUGAGCUGCAAUCUACGGGAAGAGCUGGUGGCUGUCUCCGAGAGACAAGACAUUUGCAAUGAAAUUGGGUCUACGCUGACUUGUGAAAAGAUUGCAAAAGAACGAUAUGAGAACCUGCUGAAAAAGCAGAAGCUGACCAGCAUUUCCAAACAGCAAGCUGAGCAGAUUUCAAUACUGCAGGCUGAAGUCGAAAGAUUAAGGAUGAAAACAUUCCCUGCUCUUAUUCCGAUGUAGAACACCAGCAAGAGCAGAAGGCAAACUACUUACCCCAAAAUAGUGUCACUUGGAGAAAAGCGACUUCCCUUUCUCUUGUAUCAGGGAAUUUAAGUAGGUCACCUCUUAGCUGCAUGUUUUUAAAUAAUAAAGUAAGUUUAGGUUAAUCAGUAUACAACUAUUUGUCCUGUCCUACAUAAAUAAAUGAGUAAAAUACCA